AUGUCACAGAACUGCAAAUCAACGUAUACAGCUGCGACUACGCGGGACGCGAACAACAACACGCUGUACCAUAGUGGUGCUGCGACAGGAUACGGCAACAGAGGGUACACACCGCCAAGCAAGAACGGCAGUGGGAAUUAUCAGCAAGUGACAGCGAAAGUGCUAUUCGGCAGCAUGACGGCGAUCAAUGACCUCAAGCGACAAGAAAAGGCAGACAGAGAUGUGCGGCGGAUGCAUUAG